AUGAGCGACGAUGAUGUCAAAGCGGUCCUGAACCUCUUCCUGGCUUUACUCCUCAGCAGCUUCAGCUCAGACAACCUGUCGGCACCGGACGACGACGGCGAGAUGAACAACCUGCACAUCGCAAUCCACAGGAUCACCAGAGGCCUGGUGUGGUGCCGCAGACAGGUGGUGGAUUUCUUUAACGGGAACCUGAAGCGUCGCCGUCAGAAGCGUAAAGAGGCCAAAGCCAUGAUGAAGCUGAAGAGGCUGAGCACCAUCCACACCGAGGCCAACGGGGCCGUCAUAGGUCGACAUGUGGAGAAGUACGUGGCCCCGGAGGACGACAGCUACAUGACCAACCCCAACCUGACCAUCAGCGUCCCCAUCGCCCCCGGGGAGUCUGACGUGGAGUUCCCAGAGGAGGAGGAGGGGGAGGAGGAGCACAGCGGCGGUUCAGAGGAGGACGAGGAGGGCAGAGAGGAGGUACGAACACAAGUACACAAACAGCAGCACCUGUGUGUGACGCAAACCCAUCAGGUGUACGAGUCGCAAAAUACGAGAUUUACGUUUUAUUACUUCACCGGACGAUCGGCUGUGAGCUAUUGUGAAGGUGCUGAGUCCGGCAUCGUCUUCGUCAUCGCCUUCAUUAGCAGUUUCUUCAAAUGUCCUCUCUGA